AUGCCCCUCGCCCUCGCCCCAUCCAUGGCCUCCUACGUCAGCGACGACCCCGAUGCCGGGCCCUUGCUCGCACCGGCCUCGACACCACGGACGCGCCACCGGGUGCGCAUCCAGGGCCGGCUCGUGCACGUCCGGAGCGUGUCUAGCAGCGUGUCUAGGAGCUUGUCUACGCCCUUGGCCGGCGCCCGCGACACGGCCCUGUGCGACCGCCAGCGGCGCGGCUACGGCAUUGGCGGGGCCGGCAACAUACGUCGCCCGACGGAGGUGGUGCAGUUUUAUGCCUUGAGCCGGACAGGACCAGGGCAAGACCGAGCCCGUCGACGAUGGCAGUGGAUGGGCAGUCUGUUUGGUUUGCGGGGACAAAAGGACGUUGUCAAGGACGGCCAGGGUCAUCAUGGCCAAGACAGAGCAUUGGACGCCGAUGCCGACCAUGGUCAGAGGAGGCCGUAG